AUGAAUGCGUUUUCCAGCAGCAACCCAACAAAGUCGGAUGAGGACGAGCCUCCAAAGUCUGUGAUACAUGCACCUACUGGGUUCGGCGAGUUUGUAAAUGGCGUGCAAUACUUUAGCAGCCCUUCACAGUCAGAUGGAGCAGAAACCUUAGCAUCAAACGUGGUGGCACCUCCUUCCGUGAGCACUGGACCUGAACAGUCGGCCAAGGAGAAUCAAUAUGGUCCGACAUCACCACCGCCGCUGACUACUACAUCGAUUCAACCAGCCAGAGACUGGUUUGAACGAGCAACCCCACGUGCACAAACAAGGCAGGAGUUCCUCGACAUUAGUAAAUAUGUCCAUUCCACCAGUCAUAAAGUAUCAGAAAUGGCCGUAAAUCACUGCGAGGAACAGCCAUUAUUCACCAGGCCCUCGGUCAAUAGAGAACUGGCUUCCUCAAGAAAUGCGAAUGCUGAAGAGGCUGGCCCACAUACAAAUGGGAAACCCGAAAGUCACCACUCACAAGUUGUACAAUUGUCUGAUGAAGAAUCAGAGAUUCGUGCUUUACAAGUAGCUCUGGCUGAAUGCUGGGCUCUGUGCAAUACACUGGCAACGCUAAGCUCCAUACACCGUGAACGUCAUGGAUGCACUGUGGAUACUCGGGAGGACGUCUGGAGAUCGUGCUGGCGAUUGUGCCAGGAAUUGUACGACAGUCAUAAUGAUGAUCGUGCACCGCAAAUCAACCCAACGCUUGACCUUUGCAGAGACUUCUGCCAAACACUAUUCGAGACCCGCGUCAGAAACGACGAGAAUGCCGAUUCUGUUCUCCGUGUUAGCUUCGAGCUGAACAAUCAUCUGUACAAUACACACGACCGUAACCUCCCAGAUGCUUUCAGAGAAAGAACCUUGGACUUCUACAUCACUAUAUGUCACCGCCUGAUGAAACAAAGGACACUUGUAUCAGAAACAGACUCCCUUUUGAGCGCCUGCUGGUCCCUGGCAGAAAUGCUUUUCAGCAUACGUCAGAGUAUCAAAGAAGGUAAAAUGCUAGGUGAGGAAUUGCUUGGUUCUGCAGUUCAGGCUUGUUGGGAACUAUGCGAUAUCUUCCGUGAAGGUUGGACUCAACGUACUCUUCGAAACUCUGAUCGAGGUACACCCCGGCCAAGUCAAGCAACCUUUACUACGCAGGUCGUUCAAAAACCGAACCCGUUGGAGUCUGGUUCGGUUGAUGAGUUGAUAAAUCAACAAGGAAACCCCGAGACACCAACAACAAUAUUCGACGAUACCGCAACCGUGUCGCCCGAUGACGCACCAGUACAGAAUAUCUUCGUCUUGGGCCAAGGCCCAGGCCAGUCUUCGCACGCCUGGUCGUCUAAUUCGUCUAAUAUCUCGGGUCAAAGCCAGUCUUCAGAACAAACAUCUUCCACGCAGACGGUGAAGACAUCAUCCCGGGAUCCAAACCUGGCAUGUGUUCGGAUAUUAGUGACCCAGGCCGCAAUAAAUAGCGGAUUCCAGCGCGUCGGGCCACAUAGUUUUCCUUCAUUCGUCAAGUCGCUUUCUUCGGACGCGUUUGGGUCCAUGCCAUGGCAGGUUGCACUCCUGAAGAAUUACAAGCAAUUGGUAGCAUUCGAUCCGACAUUUAGGAGUGUGGGUCCCUCAGCUAGAGCGGGUGCAGCUGAUGUGGCAUGCGCUGUUGAAGUGAUGAUGCAGAGCGGGCAACAUCUUUGGCUGCGCGAUCUUUACCGUCUCGUGUUCGGAUUUCACAUCGAGGAAGCAGUAAGCCGGAAAGGUAUGAUGCUUCAAGUAUAG